AUUAACAUCUGUAAGAGAGAACAAAGACGAGAGGAGAAUGUCUUCAUCAAGGGAGCUACAAUACUUAGAGUCCACAUACAGAAACAAUCGUCCCACGACGGGUCUCCUCAACUCCAUCUUCAUGACCACCGUCAAUACCGCCGCUCGUUCUCUCGUCUCCGUCGCCACCACCGCCUCCACACCGGAGCUGGCUUCUAGGCGAUGGUCGGCUUCGGACCACAUCAGGUUCAUGUCUAUGAUGAUGGCGUGGCUAGCCCUUUGGGUUCUUAGGAUUUUCUUGGACUAUCGUCCUCUUAGUCUCACUUCUUCUUCUGCUUAUUCUGAUUCUUAUCAUCAUCCCUUUAGUUUCGCUUCGGGUCUUCUUACCGCGGCAGCGGAGAAGGCGUUGGUACCGACUUCCGCUCCCUCGUCGUCCUCAACGGCGUUGGUGAAGUAUUCAGGGUCCGCGGAUUUGGGUACGAUGAUUUGUGAUGGCGUUGAUAUGCCUUCCGUUAACUCUCUCGGUAGAGCACUUUGUCACGCACUGGCGCUGAUGAACGAGAUUCCAGUGACCUCAAGAAAAUACCAAUAUGCCAUGGGAAUGGCUGAGAAAAUCAUGGAAGACAACGCCCAGAGCUGCAACGUGGAACUACUCGACGUCAAUAGAGUGGCCCUGGCGUCUUCUUUUGCACGCACCACUGCGCGUCUACAAGACUCCUUGAAACGCUCAAGAAUCGCAGACGAGCCCGUCGUUGGUCUCCCCCUGCGUCUGGUCGGCGCCCUCCCUCUAGGAGGCUAUGUUACCUCUUACGUGAGAGGGGUGAGCACGUGCAUCAACACUGUCAGGUCCUUGGCGGAUAUGACCGGUAACUUGUUAUCGCAGAGUAGUAGGAGGGAGUCUGCGUUGGUGAGAGCGGGUGGUUUUGAGGAGAGUGAGGUUGAACUGGCGGUGGAGAAGCUGGCGGAGGAGCUGUUGUGGUUGACUGAGAAACUCAGGCGUUAUGGUGCGGUGGAAGAAGGUAUAAAACGGUGGAGCUAUGCUUCUGGUUUAGCUUCCUUGUCUCUUACGGCUGCUCCUAGGGUUCAAGGCCUCUUAGUUAAGAUUACAGCGCUCUUAAUCGGAGAGAUGGCACGAGACGGCACACAAGUUCCAGGACAAGUGAAGUUCAGGCUCCUCGCAAACUGGCUACCGUUGUUCAGUCACGCUAGGCUUGGGCUAGCGUUUCCAGUUCUGACGGGUUAUGAGAAGGUUGAGGUGGAACGAGCCAUAGACAAAGCUAUCUCAACAUUGCCUGCAUUAGACCAGGAAAUCUUACUCACAAACUGGCUCCAAGAUUUCUCAGUCUCGGCCACUGAGUGGCCUGAUCUCACCCCAGCAUACGACCGUUGGUGCAACUCCACUCGCCAGUUUGUCAUGUAGGCGACCAAUAUUAUAGUCGUUAAGUUCAUGUUCCAAAAAGGACAACGAACACAUAGAUGCGUCUCGUAAUACUUUUUUUGUGUCCAGAUAUUCAUAUUUGCGUAAUAAGACUAGUUUAUCUAGUCAAAGAAUCAGUA